UACCCUACCCUCCUCCAUUUUGAUCUGUUAAGCUUUGAUGAUGUAAUAGCUACCUCAGACAACCUGUCGCAUCCCACCGCCACGCGGCCCAAGAUGCCCGGCCGCAGGCUGCCCACGCGCUUCAACUGCGGGAGUGCUGCAAGUCAAAAUGACAGUCCAGAAAAAAUUUGAAGGUGCAGAAAGAAGAAGAAGAAAGUGCCAAACCAAAGCCAGUUGAAAUGAGAAAGCCAUCUGUGUUGAGUCCACCAGUUCCAUCUUCAUCUCAGAGACCAAGUUCUGUCAUCCUCAACGUUUUUUCUGGAGAAACCCAACCUAAAGUUGAAACAGAUAACUCACAGGCUUCUGUGGAAGAGCUCAGGGCUCAGGUUCAUGAUUUGAUGAAUUUAGUAGAUGCACUGAGAAAAGAACACGGGAGAGAACUGGAAAAACUAAAGAAGGAUUUGGAAGAAGAAAAGCUGAUGCGAAGUAAUCUGGAGCUUGAAAUAGAAAAACUGAAGAAAGCAGUGAUGUCUACAUGAUACGCCCAUGGACUGGAUGUCUUUAACUUGCCAGGAAUGCAAAGCUGAACACGAGUAGAACUGACUCCCUUAUUUCAUCAUAAUGGAUGCUGGAGUUCUACAGUCUUAAGGAAAUAUAGUGCAACAAAGGAAUAUAGUCUUUUAUUCAGAGAUAAAAAACAAAAGAGAAAAAUGGUGUAAUUUUCUUGCCAAUAUAAAAGAGGCCUUAUUUCUUACUGUGCUGGAAUUGCAGACCUUUAUUUUUUUUGGUUUGCUUGACAAUACUACUGAAUCUGUAUAAAGAGGAGAGGGAAUUCUUAAUAGAUUUUUAUUGAAUAUCUGUAGCUUAAUUUUUAAAGAGAUCUAUACUAUAAAUAGGGUGAUCUAUCUUCACAAGUAAUCUGUAAAAUAGUCCCUUGGGAGGGACAGAAUAGCUGUAUGAGAAUUGGAGUCACUAUUUUCCCCCUGCGUGCGAAAGGGAAGAGAUGAUAUUUGUAUAUUUUUAAUGUUGGCAGUCUCACCCAGGGUUCUGCUGUGUGCCUGUCUGCUGUUUGUCAGCUGGGUCAUGAGAUAGGAAUUUCUUAAUGCCACGGGUCGGGUGGCACACCUGUGCACCGUGGUGAGAAGGGCUGAUCUGAUCGGAGCGGUUCAGCAGGACGUUUUGUCACUUGCACUAUUGGAUUAAAAAGGGAUUUAGGACUGAAUCAUGAAGUCGCAACAAAAUGAACUUUUUAAUGUCACGAAAGGAAGAGAUGCAGAAAGGAGGCUGGGAUCUGCUCUGAACCGGACCUGUGGUGCCUCAAAUACUGCAGCACGCAAUGUGGGAAGUAAACCUGAACUCACAGGGUCUGUGCUUCUGCUAUCCAAACUGAUGUCAUCAGUCCUUCCAGUGGCUGAAUAUGCAUCUUGAUCUGUUUUUACAGUACUCGAUUUUUGUUUAUAAUAUGGCUCAAAAUAAAUCACUUGAACUUUGAUACUCUCAAAA